AUACGGAUACUAACGAUAGACAAGAGGGAACGCUUGAAUAGCGUUUUGCUUUUAUGUAAACAUGGCUUCAACGAUUACCAAACCAUCUAACCUACGGUGUAUCCUAAGAAUUGGAACAUGUUUAACUGUGAAUUGGACAAAGACAUCAUUUGGACUAAAAAGAAGUUAUGUCUCCCAGACUGAGGGAGGUGGCAGGAUCCCCAAAAUAUACACCAAAACUGGUGAUAAAGGUUUCUCCAGCACUUUCACUGGAGAAAGAAGACCUAAGGAAGAUCAUGUGUUUGAAGCAUUGGGAACAACUGACGAGCUGUCAUCAGCCAUAGGCUUGGCCAGAGAGUUUUGCAUUGAUAAAGGCCACACGUUCACAGAUCAGCUGGACAAGAUUCAGUGUGUCUUGCAGGAUGUGGGAUCGAACAUAGCCACACCUCGGUCAUCAGCAAGAGAAAGUCAUAUAAAGAAAACCAAGUUCAGUCCCCAGCCAGUUGCAGACCUGGAGAGCUGGAUUGACGCGUUCACAGAGGAGCUGCCACCACUGACAAACUUCAUAUUACCUUCUGGAGGCAAAAGCAGUGCAGCCCUCCACAUUGCAAGGACAGUGUGUCGCAGAGCAGAACGCAGUGUCUCCCCAAUAGUGCGGUCAGGUGAGGCUGAUCCUGAUGUUGCCACAUUUUUGAACAGAUUGAGCGACUACCUGUUUACAGUGGCCAGGUACACCGCCCUGAAAGAAGGCAAUGAGGAGAAAAUCUACAAAAGACUAGAAUGAUAUAUCUACACAUGAAUUGAUAGAAUUGGGUCCCUUUCGGAACAACCUGUAUUUUGGUUUAAUGUUGAAUUUAAUUAGCAGUCUUAAUGGGUCCAAAUUUGAAUGUAUUGGAACGGUUUCUAGGUUUCUAUGUUUUAGGUCACAGGUUAUGUUACCAUAAGCAUAAAUACAUAUUUCUUCAUCAAGUACUUCAGGGAACACUAUGAAUAGACUUUUUCAUUUAACCUUUUAUUUAACUAGGUUAGUCUCAUUGAGAUUAAUUAUCUCUUUUGCAAGAGAGACCUGGCCAAAAUGACAGCACAUUACAUAUGCACACAUAUUACAUCCAAUAAAUAAAUAUACAUUAAUUUAC